AUGGCUGGCUGCAGUCCUGAGGAGAAAACUUACCGGCGCUUCCUGGAGCUAUUCCUGGGCGAGUUUCGCGGUCCGUGUGGCGGCGGCGAGCCGGAGCCGGAGCCCGAACCCGAGUCCGAGCCUGAGCCCGAGCCCGAGCCCGAACUGGUAGCAGCUGAGGCGGCCGAGGCUUCGGUUGAGGACCCCGAGGAGGAGGCGGCCACGGUAGCCGCGACAGAGGAGGGGGAGCAGGAGCAAGACCCGGAGCCCGAGGAGGGGGCGGUGGAGGAGGACGCGGUGGCGGCGGUCGAGGGCGAAGAGGAGGAGGAGGUGGCGGCUGUCGCCCCGGGGCACCCGGCCGUGCCACCGCCGCCGCAGCCCCAGCUGCCCCCGUUGCCCCCGCUGCCGCGGCCGCUGUCGGAGCGCAUCACCCGUGAGGAGGUAGAGGGCGAGAGCCUGGACCUGUGCCUGCAGCAGCUCUACAAAUAUAAUUGCCCUUCCUUUUUGGCCGCUGCUUUAGCCAGAGCCACAUCUGAUGAAGUCCUUCAGAGUGAUCUUUCUGCACAUUAUAUACCAAAAGAAACGGAUGGCACAGAAGGGACUGUGGAGAUUGAGACAGUGAAAUUGGCUCGUUCUGUCUUCACCAAACUACACGAGAUUUGCUGCAGCUGGGUGAAAGACUUCCCUCUCCGCAGGAGACCCCAGCUUUAUUAUGAGACAUCAAUCCAUGCCAUCAAAAACAUGCGCAGGAAAAUGGAGGACAAACAUGUCUGCAUCCCUGACUUUAAUAUGCUCUUCAACCUAGAGGACCAGGAAGAACAAGCUUACUUUGCAGUGUUUGAUGGCCACGGGGGAGUGGAUGCUGCCAUUUACGCCUCAGUUCACCUCCAUGUUAACUUAGUUCGCCAGGAGAUGUUCCCCCACGAUCCUGCUGAGGCGCUGUGCCGGGCUUUCCGGGUCACUGAUGAGCGGUUUGUGCAGAAAGCAGCCAGGGAGAGCUUAAGAUGUGGGACCACCGGAGUCGUAACUUUCAUCAGAGGCAACAUGUUGCACGUGGCCUGGGUGGGUGAUUCCCAGGUUAUGCUUGUGAGAAAGGGCCAAGCUGUUGAACUGAUGAAGCCCCACAAACCAGACAGAGAGGAUGAAAAGCAGCGAAUUGAGGCCCUUGGAGGUUGUGUAGUCUGGUUUGGUGCCUGGAGGGUGAAUGGAAGUCUGUCGGUCUCCAGAGCUAUUGGAGAUGCUGAACAUAAGCCGUAUAUCUGUGGGGAUGCCGAUUCUGCCUCCACUGUUUUGGAUGGGACCGAAGACUACCUCAUUCUGGCCUGUGAUGGCUUCUAUGAUACUGUAAACCCUGACGAGGCAGUGAAAGUUGUGUCUGACCACUUGAAAGAGAAUAACGGAGACAGCAGCAUGGUUGCCCACAAAUUAGUGGCAUCAGCUCGCGAUGCUGGGUCAAGUGAUAACAUCACUGUUAUUGUGGUAUUCCUGAGGGACAUGAACAAAGCUGUAAAUGUUAGUGAGGAAUCAGAUUGGACAGAGAACUCUUUUCAAGGAGGGCAAGAAGAUGGUGGGGAUGAUAAGGAGACUCAUGGAGAGUGCAAACGCCCUUGGCCUCAGCAUCAGUGCUCAGCACCAGCCGAUCUAGGCUAUGAUGGGCGCGUGGAUUCAUUCACUGAUAGAACUAGCCUGAGCCCAGGGUCCCAAAUCAACGUGCUGGAAGAACCAGGCUACCUAGAUCUUACACAAAUAGAAGCAAGCAAACCUCACAGUGCCCAGUUUUUGCCACCAGUUGAGAUGUUUGGUCCUGGUACACCAAAGAAAGCAAAUCUUACUAAUGAGCUAAUAAUGGAGAAAAAAUCAGUUCAAUCAUCAUUGCCUCAAUGGAGUGGUGCUGGAGAGUUUCCCGCUUCUUUCAAUUUGGGUUCAACAGGGCAGCAGAUGCACAGAAUGGAGAGCUUGUCUCCUGUCUGUCCUGGGUUGGAAAAUGAACAGUUCAAAUCCCUGGGAAACAGAGUUUCUAGAUUGUCUCAUUUACGCCACCACUAUUCAAAGAGGCGGCAUGGAUUCAGGUUUAGUCCAAAGUUUUAUUCAUUUCUCUUUGCUCAAGAGCUUUCCCACAAAACAGGCCCUAGCCUAUCCUCACUUACACGAAGUGGGAAGAGAAAUAGAAUGUUAAGUUCUCUGUUACGGAGGCCAAAUAGUUGGAAAGGGCACAGUGAAAACAUGAGGCAGCUCAGUAAGAGUCAUGAAAUUCCAUACCCAGAUCUUCGCUGGAGCUAUAAAAUAUAA